UCCUAGAGUGGCACUCUGGAACUUCCAGAGGCUUGUAGACUUGAAGCAGUGUGAUGUGGUCCAGGUAAUUAUCACAUACACGUAUACUGAAACUGAAACUCACACUCACUCUGUUUUGUUGUAGAAUUAUUUUCACCUAUGAAAAUUGUGCCUCUCUCUUUUAGAUCUUACACCCCUAUCAGCUCAACCACAGCCCUCACAACUGCAGUCGUCUGCCCCUGCACCUGCUACACUGGCCACGCCAGAUGAUACAGAUAAUUAUCACAUACAGGUACAGACAAACGCAUAUUCUCCCUCACUUGGAGCUCUAUUCAAUCAGAUCCGCUUUAGCCGACAUCCACAUAGAGGUUGUUUUGUCAGUGUCUGAGGUGGAACUGUGUUAGAGCUUUCAUAUCCACAAGCGGCUCCUGGACAUUGCCAUUCGCUGCACGGAGUCGCAUUAAAAUCUCAAGUUUGACACUGGAAUGUGAGAUGUAAUCUACACCUCGAUAAGGCUGAUAGAAAUCCUCAUUAUUUUGUUUAAUGAUUUUGAAUUUCAGCGUCAUUAUUUCUAUAUAGCCUACACGUUCUGAACUUCUAACGUGAGUAUGACAGUGUCACGAUCGUCUAACAGAGAUGAGGACCAAGGCGCAGCGUUGCAGGCAAACAUACUCUUUAUUAGAGACACGAUCAAAAACAACAAAACGAUAACGUGACAGUUCACGGUCUAACACAACAGACUAGAAACAAGAUCCCACAAACUCUGUGGGGAAACAGGCUGCUAAAGUAUGGUUCUCAAUCAGAGACAACAAGCAACAGCUGAAUCACGUUGCCUCUGAUUGAGAACCACACUGGCCAACAUAGACAAACAAUACUAGAAUGUGAAACCUAGAACAAAACACAUAUACUUUACACACCCUGGCUCAACAUAUUAGAGUCCCCAGAGCCAGGGCGUGACAGUAACCCCCCCUAAAGGCACAGACUCCGACCGCGCCCACCAAAUACCACAGGGGAGGGACCGGGUGGGCACUCCGCUUAGGCGGCGGAUCCGGCUCCGGGCCUGAUCCCCGCUCCCUCUCCAACCCCCCAAAGUACCCCUGGUCCGGUCUGGCCCCGCUGGCCGGAGCUGGACUGCACACUGGUGGAGCGGAUUGCUCUAGCUCCGGCGUGAAGCAUCUGACCGGUACCGGACCAGCCACCAGUGGAACAGGCACGGGCCGUGCCGGACUGACGACGCACACCACUGGCUUGGUGUGGGGAGCAGGAGCGGGCCGGACCGGGCUGACGAAGCGCACCACUGACUUGGUGCGGGGAGCAGGAACGGGCCGAGCCGGGCUGACGAAACGCACCACUGACUUGGUGCGGGGAGCAGGAGCGGGCCGAGCCGGGCUGACGAAACGCACCACUGACUUGGUGCGGGGAGCAGGAGCGGGCCGAGCCGGGCUGACGAAACGCACCACUGACUUGGUGCGGGGAGCAGGAGCGGGCCGGACCGGGCUGACGAAACGCACCACUGACUUGGUGCGGGGAGCAGGAACGGGCCGAGCCGGGCUGACGAAACGCACCACUGACUUGGUGCGGGGAGCAGGAGCGGGCCGAGCCGGGCUGACGAAACGCACCACUGACUUGGUGCGGGGAGCAGGAGCGGGCCGAGCCGGGCUGACGAAACGCACCACUGACUUGGUGCGGGGAGCAGGAGCGGGCCGAGCCGGGCUGACGAAACGCACCACUGACUUGGUGCGGGGAGCAGGAGCGGGCCGGACCGGGCUGACGAAACGCACCACUGACUUGGUGCGGGGAGCAGGAACGGGCCGAGCCGGGCUGACAAAGCGCACCACUGACUUGGUGCGGGGAGCAGGAACGGGCCGAGCCAGGCUGACGAAGCGCACCACUGACUUGGUGCGGGGAGCAGGAACGGGCCGAGCUGGGCUGACGAAACGCACCACUGACUUGGUGCGGGGAGCAGGAACGGGCUGGACAGGGCUGACGAAACGCACCACUGACUUGGUGCGGGGAGCAGGAAUGGGCCGGACUGGGCUGGCGACGCGCACCACAGGCUUGGUGCGGGGAGCAGGACAAGGCCGGGCCGAGCUGGCGACGCGCACCGUAGACUUGGUGCGAGUGGCAGGAACAGGCCGGACCGUACUGGGAACACACACCACUGGCCCUACGUGGGGAUCAGGAACAGGCCGGACCGGACUGGCAACACACCCCAGUACCUCUCGCCGUGCCUCUACACCUUCCAUCCCCUCUUCGACCAGUGGCCCCCGUAACCUGGCGGCCUCCUCUGCCAACCCGCUGGGCCGCUCUAUCGCGGCCUCCUGCUGCCCCGACGUCGUGAGCCCCCCCCCUAAAAAAUUUCUGGGAGUCUCUCUUCCCCGUGGGCCAGGCCUCUAUAGUUCUCGCCCAACUCUUGCUCUUCUGCUUCCAAUUCCCGCCAUUCAGCUCCUCAUUCGGCUUGACCCAGUCGAAGCUCUUCCUCCACUGUUCCUAAGUCCACCCUCUCUGCUCCUCACUAGGCUGCUUGGUCCAGUUCUGGUGGGAUCUUCUGCUUCCAAUUCCCGCCAUUCAGCUCCUCAUUCGGCUUGACCCAGUCGAAGCUCUUCCUCCACUGUUCCCAAGUCCACCCUCUCUGCUCCUCACUAGGCUGCUUGGUCCAGUUCUGGUGGGAUCUUCUGUCACGAUCGUCUAACAGAGAUGAGGACCAAGGCGCAGCGUUGCAGGCAAACAUACUCUUUAUUAGAGACACGAUCAAAAACAACAAAACGAUAACGUGACAGUUCACGGUCUAACACAACAGACUAGAAACAAGAUCCCACAAACUCUGUGGGGAAACAGGCUGCUAAAGUAUGGUUCUCAAUCAGAGACAACAAGCAACAGCUGAAUCACGUUGCCUCUGAUUGAGAACCACACUGGCCAACAUAGACAAACAAUACUAGAAUGUGAAACCUAGAACAAAACACAUAUACUUUACACACCCUGGCUCAACAUAUUAGAGUCCCCAGAGCCAGGGCGUGACAGACAGGUGUGGCUUUGUGACAAUGAUCAAGAGCAGCUGCUCACCGAUGUGACAGCUCCAACUCAGUUAUACCUCCAACACCUCAAAAACAUCAUCUAUGCGUGUGUCGGAUAUCGCCGGUUAAAGCUUGAUCUGAUUGAAUCUAGGCCUUACACUCAUUCACUCUGUUAAGUUGUAUGAUUCUUUUCAGUUUAGAAAAUUGUGCCUCUCUCUUUUAGAUCUGCCACCCCCAGCAGUUCAGCUGCAGUCACAGCAGUCCUGUGCUGUGAUAUUUAAUUUACUGGUGCACCAUUUCCUCCUACACUGGCCGUGAAGGGAGAAACUUUUGAGGAUUCCCAGAUGGAUACAGGUCAUUCAGAAUUAUAUCACAUACACAUUCGCUCAUUCACACCUACAGACAUGCACAAACAUGCUGUUGAGCUGUAUACUUAUUGUCACAUCUCUCUUUCAGAUCUGCCAUGCACUCCACCACUGCCCCGGACAGCCUCACCCAGAAGUGCACGCACCGUGCCUAUCAAGACUG